CCUUGUGUCUGUUAUGGCUGGGGCCAAAAAGAAGCCAGGAGUCGUCCCUCCAGACGGUGGCUGGGGUUGGAUGAUCGUGGCCGGCUGCUUUAUCGUCACUGUCUGCACCCGCGCCGUCACCAGAUGCAUCUCCAUCUUUUUCGUGGAGUUUCAGAUGCACUUCGCACAUGACUAUUCACGGACUGCGUGGAUCCACUCUCUGGUGGACUGCACUACCAUGCUGUGUGCUCCUCUCGGCAGCCUCAUUGGGAACCGGCUCUCCUGCCGCAUCGCUGUGAUCCUGGGGGGCUUCCUGGCCUCCACGGGGCUCGUCCUGAGCUCCUUCGCCACAAGCCUGGAGUACCUGUACCUCACUCUUGGGGUCCUGACAGGUGUUGGAUUUGCCCUUUGUUACACACCGGCCAUUGCCAUGGUGGGGACGUAUUUCUGUGAGAGGAAAGCUCUGGCUUAUGGCAUUGCCAUGUCAGGCAGCGGGAUUGGAACAUUCGUCCUCGCCCCCGUGGUGCAGCUCCUAAUAGACCACUACUCCUGGCGCGGGGCCCUCUUGAUUCUGGGGGGGUUUGUCUCCAACCUGUGCGUCUGCGGGGCUUUACUGAGGCCCAUCAGGCUCAAAGAGGAGGAGCCAAGCAGCCCCCUGAAGGCAGAUGCCGAGUGCGGGUAUGGCGCAGGAGUGACGGAUGGCGGCUCGCCACAGGGGGCGCUGGUGAGCAGUAAGGACCGGGAGCACAGCUGCUUCUGCUUCCAGUCCCUACAGGAGUACAGCUUCCUGCUCAUACCGGACUUUCUGAUGCUGGCCGCGUCCUUCCUCUUCCUGGCCAACGGCUGCAGCGUGCCGUUCGUCUACCUGGUGCCCUACGCGCUCAGCAUGGGCGUAAGCCACCAGCAGGCCGCCUUCCUCAUGUCCAUCCUGGGAGUAAUCGACAUCAUGGGCAACAUCACCUUCGGCUGGCUCACUGACAGAAGGUGUUUGAAGAAAUACCGCAACGUGUGCUACAUGGUGGCGGUGGGCAUGGAGGGCCUGUGCUGCCUCUUCAUUCCCCUGCUCCGGAGCUUCCCGUUGCUCGUGCCUUUUUCCGUGCUCUACGGCUACUUCGACGGGGCCUACGUGGCCCUGAUACCGGUUGUGACGUCGGACGUCGUCGGGACCGCAUACCUCUCCUCCGCCUUGGGAGUUGUCUAUUUCCUGCACGCCAUACCUUACCUCAUCAGCCCACCCAUCGGAGGCUGGCUGGUUGACCAGACGGGCUCAUACACGGCCACGUUCUUCCUCAGCGGCUUCUCCCUGAUCGCCAGCUCCCUGCUGCUCAGCACGAUGGCAGUGAUUCGCCGGUGCCAGAGGACGCGCACAUACGCCACCAACGCCGACCCCAAACUGGACACCUGCCAGAGCAGCCACACCUACAAAGCUUCACACGAGGAACCAAAGCUUGCAGGAAACACGUCGUCUUCAUAGCAUCAGACUUUUUUACUGAGUGAUUGAGUCUGCCCUCCCCCCACCCCUUACGUAAUGCCAAACUGUGUGGAUGAUGAACGUACAGUAAAUAAAACUCCACCGAGUCAGAAUCAACUGGAAAUUAUGCAUGCAAAACCAGUUGCAUUGUGGGUACACGUACAAGCGAAUAAAGGAAAAAGGAUGGUCAUUUAGGUAUGUUGUUAAUGAGGGAACAUACUGGGUUCUGCCUGGAUAACAGUCCCCCAAGCAAAGAGACUGCCUCCUUCAAGCACUGCUCAUGAAACUGCACCUUGCCCCUGAACGGCAACAGUGUUGUCUCCAUAAUGUGCCUUCACACAUGUAGAUGUCAGUGCCCCCUCAAGUCUGGGGAUGUGAAACAUCAAGCCCAAAUCUAUUUUUCUUUUUAUGACAAUUGCACGAUCGCCCUAGGUGGGGUAGAUUACCUCCAAUUGAUGCAAUAAAUACCAUAUUAGUGUAUUUAAUAAUACUCCAAUGAUUUUGCCCUGACUGGUAUAUGACUCAACGUGCCACAUGACUUUUGUACACAUUCCCAAUGCCUUUUCUUGAAGUUGCCUGAACAUUUCAUGAUGUUGCCUCAAUGAAUACAACAGGGCUCAUGUGAGAAAAACACGACAUGAAUGAUGAGUGUGAUAGACGCAUGUGGGAUGUCAUGACUGUC